GGUGUUAGUGUCUUUGCGCAGGCGCAGAACAGAGCCCACUGUACAACUCUCCACAGCAUGAAACGUAGCAGAACUCAACUCUGAUCAGCGGUUUCAUUUAUUUAUUUAUUUGCUCUCGAGAUAAGUUUAUUCUUUUUUUUUUACAGUACUGUUUUUGUUUGCCCCCCUCUCUCAAAGUGGAAAAAGUUUGAAGCCGUUCACACGGCGGAGAAAGAAGUCAGAUUGGAGCUUCUGCAGAAGGAGGCUGACUGCACGCAGGUACAAUGGAUCUGGUUGCGUUGGUGGCAUUCGGCUCGUGGUUGGCUCCUGCACUCGGAUCAGCGUUUGGCAGGGAAAUGUCGGCCUCGGCAGCAGGUGAGGACAAAGACUAUGACAGCGAUUUUAAUUACGAUUAUGAAUCGCUGAGAAUCGGUGGCCUGGUUUUCGCAGUGGUCCUGUUCCUCCUGGGGAUCGCCCUCAUUGUCACCCGGAAAUGUACCUGUUCGAAGGGAAACAAGUCGCGGUAA